AAGGGAAAGGAGGAAGGAAAGGAGGAAGGAAGGAGGAGAAGUAAAAGAUAAAUAACGGGGAGACUAUGAGCCCGACGAGAGGAGGAGUCAUCGUCUGAAGCCUUCAGACUGACUGACGGAGAUAGGAGAAGAUGGAGACAUGUUGAGUGGUGAGCUCCAGAUGUGAUGGGAGGACAGAGGUGGACAGCAGCUGGACAUGAGAUGAACACGUGAAUAAAGAAUCCUUUGAGGGAAAGAAGAAGGGGAGAAGAUGAAGCUGAACGAGCGCAGCGUUGCGCACUACGCCACCUGUGACUCCCCACCAGACAAGACAGGCUUCCUGUUCAAAAAGGGCGAGCGCAACACGGCUUAUCACCGGCGCUGGUGUAUCCUGAAAGGGAACAUGCUCUUCUACUUUGAGGAGCGUGACAGCCGAGAGCCCAUUGGCGUCAUCGUCCUGGAGGGAUGCACCGUGGAGCUGUGCGAGUCGGCGGAGGAGUUCGCCUUCGCCAUCAAGUUCGACUGUGCCAAAGCUCGCGUGUACAAGAUGGCUUCUGACAGCCAGGUGGCUAUGGAGUCGUGGGUGAAAGCGUUGUCCAGGGCCAGCUUCGACUACAUGAGGCUGGUGGUGAAGGAGCUGGAGAGGCAGCUAGAGGAGAUCCAGGAGGCUGCAGGAGGCAGCUGUGUCGGGGGUGCAGUUGGAGGCUUGCAGGGCAGGUCGAAGCUGUCCAGGCGAAGCCAUGUUUCGCGGUCUAAGUCAGGAGCAUCCUCUUCUUCAUCGUCUUCAUCCUCUUUAUCGUCGUCAUCAAGUGCUCCUCUCAUGUCAGUCCCCUUCUCCGCUCAAAGGAGCAGCCUGGAUGAGGUGCAGCUCGUCGCUGGCUGCUCCAAAGAGAACGGGGUUGCAUGGAGUAAACCACCCGUUGCCUUGGCUAAUGGCUUCGUUGAGGGAGGGUCUUCCAGUGCGGCCUGGGAAGCCUGUGCAGAGUCUGGGAGUAGCACUGUGAUCGGCUAUGGGGCCGAGGGGGUGAGGGCUCCACCAGUGCCACCGAGGAGAAGAGGAGCGUCUCUGGAAAGCCCCGUCUCCCCCGGCACCGUCUGCUUCUCCAAACUCCAUGACUGGUACGGCAAAGAGGUGGAGGACUUGAGAAUGCAGUGGCUGCAGAGCCAGUAAUGAUGAUGAAUGAAAUGGGUCAUUUAUUUUUCCACAUUAGAUCAUUCCUUACUGAACAUCCUGAAAUGUUACACCCUUCUGGACCCAGCAGAAAGGCGAGAAAGCUUGGACCUAAUUCCAGAAUGCAGUCUUAACUCCAAUCAAAAAAUACAAAUGCAAAAAUCGCAGAUUGAUCUAAAUCUUGUCUGGCACAGGUGAAUCAGUCAGUCUUAAAGAAUAACACUAUCCACUUUAUAAAUAUCUUUAUCCACUCCAAGAAAAAUUGAAAUUCCAAAUAGUUUUUUUCUUUUUUGCUCGUGUUGUUUGCCAAGGACAACAUAACUUUUUCAAGAGUUGGGCCAUGUAAUGGAUAAAACUGAUUCAGAAUUUUUCUGCCCAUCGAGCUUCUAAAUGUACUUUUACGAUUGUUGUCGAGUCUGUUUUCUUUAAAGCGGUAGGACAAAGAUCAAGAAUAAUGUCUUAAGUUACACUAACAAACUAUUAUGCCAAGCACCUGAAAAAUACCCCAAAAAACCACAUGUAGCUGCUAAAAUCAACAAGGUUAUGUAUUUUUCUAAUGGAAGGGAAAAAGCUUAUACGCUAAUGAAACUAAAAAGGUCACUUAAAUUACGAUCAAAUGACAAAACGAAUCAAAGUGGUUCUUAAUGCUAUAGUGAUAUAUCAACCACUGGGCAUUGAAGAUCAGGUCCCUGGUGAUGUCCAAGUUAUUUACUGUGGAUGUUGAAACCGUGAACAUCUUGAAGUGCUUGAAUCAGGAAAUAAGAAGAUAAAAUUUAAAGAAGGUCCAGGUAAAUGUUUGAGCAGUUUGUUUUACCUUCUAAAUUAUCCAUUGGCAUCUCAAUUCAUGAUUUCAGGUUUCCUGCAACUUUAAAACAACAUCAAACCAAGAUCUUCUUAGCAGAGAAAUGAGGCAGCUCUCAGGAUAAGAAGUGUUGUUAGUGGGAAAAACGAGUCCAGCUUCUCCUCCGUACUCCCACUGGGGCAGCUCUCGCCUCAGAGACCUUUUAAUGUCAGAGCAUCUUCUCGACAGUCACCCGGGACCGAGGUGGGAGCGGGAUGUCUCGCUCAGAGCUGCACACCCUGGUAUUUUUAGCCCCUGUUAGCCAGCGGCCAGAUGAUGUUGUGUCAUGAGAGCACUUGUCACUGAGUUCUAUUGACUGUUGUAUUUCUUAAAAGCAGAUUGUUUAUCCUUGACCUUGGCCGACGUUACACUUGCUACAAUUCUCUAAUAAUGACAUGUCUUACAAUCAAAACUUAAUUUUAUGUGUUUGUUUUUCACAACUUGUUGAUCUGAAUGACUGAGGCCUUGACUGUAUGUGAAUAUCUGACCUCUUUUGUGUUGAAAUAUCUACUAUUCCAUGUUGGAAAAUUAACACCAGCAGUUUGCAAAAUGGGCCUUUUUAAAAUGAUUCCUCAUACCGCAUUUUAUAUCAAUCACUUAGCAUUUUACAUUUUCUUUUAUACGUGCCUUAUGUUAUCUUUAUACCUCUGUUACUACACUUGUAAGCAUUUCCAUAGAACCACAGUGGUGGGAGGGUUUGAAUAUUCUUUUCAAUUGUUAUUCUGCUCCUGUGCCGACAGCGACUCAUCUCGGUGCAAUCACGUUUUUUGACAAUGGCUCAGUUGCUUCAGUCGGCAUCAAUGCACAGUGCUUGUGCACAAACGACAAUUGUGGGAAGGAACGGUACAGUGUGGGUUGUGUGUUUUAAUGAAGCAAUAUCAAAAGUGUAUUAUCCAAAAUAAUAUUGUUGCAUUACUGCCAAUUGUAUGAACUCCAGAAAUAUGUUACUGUAAUCACAAAUGCCAACAGUCAGUUUUACAAUAAUAUUAAAGGGAAUUUAAGAACACUUCCAAUUAAACACAUAAAUGAUAAAAGUAUGUGUCUUUUAUCAUUUGCGUCAAAUGAGUGCCAAAUGAGGAAAGCAACCUAAAUGCAAAAUGAUAAUAUUUUCCCUCAACCUUUUGAUUUUAGUAUACAUUUUCUGUAUUCUAGCACACAAUACAAGUAUUAUGUUAAAAAAAUCAAUAAUAUUUAACUCAUUGUUUUGAUAUGUUACCCUGAAAAGAUGUUUGUCAAUGAAGCAUUUGCUGUUAGCCAAUUAAUAAACUGUGUGAAUAUG